AUGGGGCUGUCUACUCCUGAGGGGUUUGAGUCACAAAUAAGUUUGGACUGUAAUAUUGUGCAAACAAUACAUUUUGAACAACAUUUACAUGAAUUACAUGAACAGUUAAAUGAACCAGUACCAUCUGACUGGUAUAAACAUUAUUUUGAUAAUGAUAUAAGUCAAAAAACACAUUCAAUUCAAGAAUUUUGUCAUUUAUUUCAAAUCACAUCUGUCUUAGGUUCAUCUUGUCUUAAAGCAUUAGUUUUAUUUCGUGUAUUUGAUCGUGAUGAUAAUCAAUUAAUAACAGUAAAUGAAAUGCGUGAAUUUUACCGUGCAUAUUUUAAAGAAAGUCAUCAUAUGAGAAUAAAUAAUGAUAACGAUGAUGGUGAUCAUGAAAAAAUCAUCAAUAUAUUGUUAAGUGCUUAUCGUUUUAAUGAAAAUUGUGAAAUAACAUUUGAACAAUUUCAUCACACACUUGUUCGACAAAAAGUUGGCAAAAUAGAUGAUUUAUUUAAAAUUUAUUUUACAAAUGAUACACGAUCUUCGGUAGAUGAUAAAAUAAAAAAUUCAAAACAACAAUUUAUAAUUAAUAAAUUAAAAUCUAUUAUUUGUUUAUUAGUUUAUAUUCUUAUUCAAAUAGGAAUUCUUAUAUGGAUCAUUGUUCGUCGAUAUACAGUCAUUUAUGUUGUACACAAACAAGAUAUGAAUCCAUCAGUUGUAACAGCUAAAAUAUGUGCAAUGCUAUUAUCAUUUAAUUGUACGUUGAUGAUUGUUCUAAUGUUAAAGAACACAAUAACAUUAGUUAGAAGGUCAUAUUUACGCUAUAUAUUACCAGUGGAUGCUCAUAUUGAUUUUCAUCGUUGGGUUGGAAGAUAUAUACUUGUCCUAGCAUUCAUACAUGCAUUAUCACACAUGAUUGAUUUUGCAAUUAUAAAAACACCUUAUCAAUGGCAUGAAUUAAUGUUUACAUUUGCCGCUCGUCUAGGUGACAUUGUGCCAGGUUUUGCCCCGCUAAGUGGUGUAAUAUUAUCAUUGAUAUUAGUUGUAAUAGUUAUUUUUUCAAUUGGUUAUGUUCGUCGAAGUGGACACUUUGAAGUCUUUUAUUUUACCCAUUUAUUAUACAUACCGUUUUUUAUAUUUUUAAUUUUACAUGGCAACGGUUUUUAUAAAUGGUUUUGUGUCCCAGGUACAAUAUUUAUAAUUGAAAAAAUUUAUUCAUUAAUACAAUUUAGUCGUUCAUCACACGGUCAUACGAAAAUGAAAUCUGUUCGUAUUUUUGAAUGUCCAGUGAAAAUGGGGAAAAAAAUUGAGAAAAAGAGUGUCAUUGCAUUAACAAUUCACCGACCAGUUAAUUUUGAUUAUAGACCAGGAGACUAUCUGUUUCUUCAUAUUUCGAAAAUUGCAAAAUUUGAAUGGCAUCCAUUCACAAUCUCGAGUGGACCAGAGGAAAAAGAAACAUUAACUUUACAUAUUCAUGCCGCAGGCAACUGGACUAAUAAAUUAUUAGAAUAUUUGAAUAAUAACAACCCUCACAACACCACUUUAAACCACGUAACAGUAGAAUUAAAUACCACUACUAUAUCCAAUCAACAACAACAACAACAACAACAACAAGUCAAACCAGCAUUAUCGACUAGGUCAUUUUCGAUUGAUGAUAGUUUGAUGAUAGAUGGCUCUUAUAGUUCUUCUGCGAGAUACAUAUUCGAUGUGGAACAUGUUGUUCUUAUCGCAGCUGGAAUCGGUGUGACACCUUAUGCAAGUAUACUCUCGUCGUUGAUGGCACAAUUUCGUUUACAACGCGUCAAAUGUAAAAAAUGUGCACAUAUAAAUUAUACAAUCGACGAAGAUAGUAUAAUACGUAAUAAUCGUGUAUUGAAAAAAGUUGAUUUUAUUUGGGUAAAUAGAGAAAUGCAAGAAUUUCUAUGGUUUUUAAAUUUAUUAGUCGAUUUUGAAAAUGAACAAGAAGCCUAUUUGAAUGAUAUUGAGAAAGAAAGAGAAGAUGAUCUACGACAAGACCAGUAUAUAACAAGAAUUUUAACAGAGAAUAUUUAUUAUGAACGAACUAAAAGAGAUUUGUAUACGAAUUUAAAAUCAAGAACAAAUCAUGGUCGACCAAAAUGGAAUUCACUAUUUUCCAAAAUUCAAGCAGAUAAUCAAGCAUUAUUUAAAAAUAAAAGUGAUGUUCAUGUUUUUUUUUGUGGUCCUCCGGCAAUGGCUAAAACAAUUAAAACCUAUUGUACCUCACCCACCUAUAAAUUUAAAUUUCACAAAGAAUUGUUUUAA